AUGAUCGUGGCAUGAACCCUAAAUCCUCAACAUGUUUGAGUGCUGUUUUUUUUUUUUUUUGUCUGAUACACGCCCUUGGAUGAGUUCAGUGAAUGGCCAUUGGCCAGUCUCUUCUGAACCAACCAGAGUGUACUCUUACUCUUACCCAACACCCAACGAAGCACUUGCAGUUUCAGUUUCAGUGUUGAGGAAGAAGAAAAGAUGGAGUGGUGGAUGUCAAUGCCAAAGGUGGAACUCUAUGCUCACCUCAAUGGAUCCAUCAGAGGCUCCACUCUCCUAGAACUCGCUAGAGCUUUGUGGGACAAGGGUCUAAUAGAUUUUUCCCAAGUGGAGCAUGUUAUCCUUAAAAAUGAUCACAUGACUGUUACAAGAAUUGCGAAUGAAGUUGUUGAAGAUUUUGCAUCAGAAAAGGUUGUCUAUCUCGAAUUGAGAACCACCCCAAAGAAAAACGAUUCCCAAGGAAUGAGCAAACGUUCUUAUGUUGAAGCUGUAUUGCAAGGGAUAAGAUCUGUCAGCUCGAUUGAUGUGGCUUUAAUUCCUUAUACUGAGGAUCCUAGAAAUCUUUUAGAAUCUCCAGCUACAAAUGAUAAAUGUGAUGGAAAUAGUAGGAAGAAAAUCUUUGUUAGGCUUCUCUUGAGUGCUGAUCGUAGGGAGACAACAGAAGCAACUAUGGAAACUGUCAAACUGGCACUGGAAAUGAGGCAUUUGGGGGUGGUUGGAAUUGACCUAUCUGGGAAUCCAAAGGUUGGCGAAUGGUAUGUCAAUCUAUCAAGGACUCUAGCAUAGUAAUUCGUAAUGAUGCUUUAGAUCAAAGUCUCCCGUUAUCUUUUUUUGGAAAAGAUACUUGCCAGCAUUGAAAUUCGCCAGAGAACAAGGUCUUUUUGUAACCCUUCAUUGUGGAGAGGUGCGCCAAUCUUUUAUUGUACCUGUUACCUGUGGUGAUUACCUGACUGGUCUGUUUUGCUUGUUUCGUGCUUUUAGGUUCCUAAUUCAAAGGAGAUACAAGACAUGCUCGAUUUUGUUCCCCAUAAUCGGACAUGCUUGUUUCUUUGAGGAGGAACACCGGAGAAAGUUGAAGUCUACUAACAUUUCCGGUUGAAAUUUAUUUGCUUGCUCACGUCCAUUGCUGCAACACAGGCAAGCAGCUUUGAAUAGCGUGAGAGGCUCACUUGGAGAUUAACUAGCAUUGAGAUCCGUCGUGAUUCCCCCUCCAUUCUAUGAAAUUUAAUGAAUUAAUAACAAAAGACUGAAAAUAUUGGCAAAACAUAGGCCAAAUAUCUAUCUAUUAAUAUAUAAUAAGAAUAUAGUUGUGGUAUUUGCUCGACAAGUGGAGUGUUCUGUGUUUGCCACGUGGAGCUGUGUAUGAUUGACAAGUGACUUUCAAGAAGAGAAUAUGAGAGAGAGAGUUGUCAGUUCUGAUAGGGGGAGUAGUUGGCACCAGACAUCCUCUUUCAAUGUCGCAGAGAAGAGAAGAAGAAAAGGUCGGUGAAGAGAUAAAGCACGACGGAAGAAGUGGUGGGUGGCGAUGACAACGACGGUCACAGAGAAGGAUGCUAGAUCGACAGAGAAAAGACCUACAGAAUAAUUAAACCAAAUAUAUAUUAAUAUUUUUAUAAAUAAAUUAUACAUAAAUACAGUAAAAUAGAUUAUGUACACGACUCAGAUGUAGCCCAGACUUUACAAUAGUUUAAUAUCGACUGUGCUAUAGGCAUUGAUUUAUUGUUGUAAAAGAGGUUAUCUAUAAUGCAUUA